UGACGUCAUAAAAUAAUGUUAUAUAUAAUACCGAACGGAUACUGUAACUGUGGGCUUAGGUUGAUAAAAAGAACUGACGACGAAAUGGUAGGCUUGAAUGUUUUUGUAACAUACUGUGUACUCCUGGUUUCUGUCACAGAGAGUUCUUACAAUCCUGAUGUUGAAAGUUUGCAAGAGGUAGCAGAAGGAAAGACAUCCACUCAAAGUACGCAACAUUCCAGUUAUAAACCUGGUAAUGCUAAUGACGGAAACCUUAACACUUUUUCGCACACCACUGACGAGCAGUCACCAUACUGGGAGGUUGACCUUGGUCGUAAUUACAAGAUCAGACAGAUCGAAAUAUUUGCACGGAGAGACUGUUGUGGUGAUCUUAUCCGCAAAUUAGAUAUAACCGCGGGACCAUCACAUAAUCUGAUGACGCGUUGCGGUUUUUACUCAGGACCUGCCAAGACAAGAGACCACCUGGUCUUUGAAUGCAGACCGAUAAUAAAUGGCCGUUACGUAAGAAUUCAGAAGAAUGACUCGACAAACCUAGCUUUAGCCGAGGUGCAGGUGAUGGCAAUUGUUGACAAGACAGUUGGAUAAAGAGACUUGUUUCUCAAUUGCAUAUAUAUAUCACUUGAAAUAUAAUACAUGUAUCUCAAAAAGUUUGAUUAAAUACGAAUGGGAGUCUUUUGUCCUCAUGGAUAACAAAUGACAGCAAACAAUUGGUAAAAAGUUUUAAUGAGGAAAGCGAAUUUUUAUGCAAGAAUAUUUGGACAUAACUCCGAAAAUAAAGCUUUAUUUUAAAAAGUA